AUUGUGCUGCAACCGGAGGCAAGCACGUACGAUCCGCGGACUGCCCGACCAACACUCAAAGUUUGUUCUGGUCCCCUUUGCUAUGUAACAAAUCUGCGCACGAGGAUACUUGAUAGGCAGGGCACCACAGUCCUACGAGACGGCCUCUCCACCAAGAUCGAUCUGUCUAACCUCCACUGUCGAGCUUCCGUCAUGCUCAGCACCAGAACAGACCUCGGGGACUCGCGUGUAGACAGGACGAUAGAUCUUAAACCGAUGCAAACAUAUGAGUGCAAAUUGAAAAUGAUUCCGGAAAAAUCGGCAUACGAUCCGCUAACUGACGUGAUUUCACUUGAAAUUUGCCGCGGACCCAACUGCUGGGCAGGGCCUUUCAGAACAAACAUAUCGGACACUAAUAAUCACCUACUCCGUAGCACUCCAAAGAAAGACACCGUGUCCCUGCAGGAACUCUACUGCCGCACAGAGGUCUGCCUAGUUGCACAGGAUCAUGACGAAAAGGCAGAACCAGUCAGACGUAAUAUAACGCUGAAACCCACAGAACAGCUGAAUUGCAGUCAGACGGAUAUAUACGUCACUCCAGCCUCGGCAACUAAGUCCAUUUCUCUCUGCUCGUUCACAUCUGCCAAGCAGAGGGAUAUAUUUGCCAAUGAGGACGUCUAUAACACCUACUUUGAGGGCAUUCGGUGCAAAAGUUCCGUCCCCGGUGUCAGAUUCACCAAACGCCAUCUGCAACUUCCAGCUGAUAAUUUAUCAAAGCAAGAUUAUAGCAUUGAUUGCAAGCUGUAUGGAUGUCACUGGAAGUUUCGAAUUUUAAAACAACCAGAAAGACUCUUGUUCAAUCCCGAACGAAAAUACUAUGGGACAGAUCAUGACAAAGUUACUUUGCAGGCAUGCCUUGGCCCACACUGUUACGAGGAACCUCUACACACAAAAGUGUUUGAUCGAUAUGGCGUCUUGCUCACCGAACAAACUAAACCAGUUCUUCUACCAAAUUCGUAUCUCUGCGUCUCGGAGCUUGUUAUUGUCGUCAAAUCACCACGAGAUUCACAGAAUCUUACGCGAAACCUCACGAUCUCGCCGAUGAGGAGCUGCAGAUGCGAAGUGCAGCCCAUAUAUCAAACUCCGAAAAUGGCCCUGCGACCAGUACAAUUAUGCCAACCACACAACGCAUCAGCAUUUAAAGCGGUACUCCAAGGUAGGGCCUACGAAGAGGUUUUCAAACACAGCGUUUGCAACAGCUCAUGUGUCGGAUUGAAACUGGAAAAAGCGACAGCAACCUUUGAGAAUAUCAGCUUCCUCCCUAAACCUCCCGCAUCGCCGAGGUGUCAGGUCUCCUGCAGGUUGCAUGACUGUCGGUGGAACGUGGACUUGAUUGUAGAGGAUGAAAAACUGGUGCCAAAGUCACCCAAGUCUUCUUACAACCCUAAACUGGACGAAAUUGAGAUGCAGCUCUGUUUGAGCAAGAAGUGUCGCUCUGAGGGCUUAAGCAUUUCCAUUCUGAGUGAAGAUGGCAUGGUUCUUGCAACCCACCUGCGUGGUGCCUUCUCUCUGAAGCUGUUUUUCUGCCAACCAGGGCUCAUAUUAGAAGGCCAAGUAGAUGGUGAACCCGAGAGGCGACAAACGCGCAUCAAGUUAGCACCAGUGCUUACUUACAACUGCAGUGAGGAGUCUCGCAUCUUGACACCUGUUGAGGCUACCAGAAUACAACGCCUAUGUUCUUCCCGUGACCAGGGCAUAAAGAGCGUUCUGAGUGUUGACAAGGUCUACAUUAGAGUCUUCAACGACGCCAACUGUACCACAACUUCAGCGGCCGUAAAUAUCUCGGCAGCCAUGGCAGUUCUGCCGGAGGCUCCGCCUUCUGACGAGAAGUACAGCUUUGACUGCAGGCUUUUGGCUUGUAAAUGGAAUUUGGACAUGUUUGUGGAGCAUGAACGUGAGUACUCCCGCUAG